UUAACUCGUUUCAAGGUGGAAAUAUCACUGUCACAUCCAUUGUACUGAUUCACCCACUCUGCAUGAAGCAAAUUUCUACACUGUUUGUCCAACAUAAUGACAUAUUUGUCUGUCCUUAUUUUGAACUCCUUUUGUUUUCACAGGCAAGAUUUAGAUGUCAGUAGAGGCUCCGCAAAAAGAUGGUUGAGGAGGAUACGUCAACUCCACAGGACAGAAGAGACAUCAUCAAAACCUUUGGUUUUCAUUUCAACGGUGAAUGGAUAUCAUCAAUUUCGUGCCACACCACCCACAGGAAUCAACUUCCCCAUGACAAUUGAGCCAGAGACCAACAAUCCCUAUGACAGGUUUGCUUGUCUUGUUAAAGCCCCAGCCCAGGACCAUCUUCAAGGAAGAUACUUAGAAUUCAGUGGCGUCACCUUUGGAAGAGUGCCUAAGAACAUUUGCAAUGUCAUCAGUGUGGAUAAGAGAAAACAGAUUCUGUUGCGAGCAAGAUGUGUCUUUCUAGGACAUAUGGUGCAUGACGGCCAACAGAGAGGAGGGGGACCAAAACUGGUGUGCAUGUACCUUCUGGAGUACAGGAACAAUGUGAACAUUCAUGAAGUAGGAAAUCACCUUAGAAGAUAUGUCAACGAGGACUUCAUUUUUAUGUGAAUGUUUGUGUCUGAGCAUUGAAAAGGAAAUAUUUAGACUUUGACUGAACAAAUUCAUCAUAUUCAUUAAGUGAAAUGGAAUAAUCUGCUUUGUAUGUGUGUCAGUCAAACAUAUUUGUCAAUAUAC